AUGAGACCAACAGAAUCUAAUACGUCGGAGAUUGAUUCCAUUUCUUCUGCUAGUGACGUUUCUCAUAUUUUGUCUGACCCGCAUGGAUUUGUACCGAAAUCCAAAAAGAGUCAACUGGCAGAUUCAGACCAACGUAUCACUAGAAGGCUUUCUGAGCCUUCUAGUAUCAAGACAGCGGACACAGGACGGUCUACUAUCAUUACUGGUAUUUCAAGAACUGUUACGAGGACUUUGAGCACGAUCAAGAAGGCGGUUGAUGAUGAUAAUUUACAAGCCGACAAUAACACCGACGAUUUAAACAAAUUGUUGGAAAGAAAUUUUGAUAUUGAUGAUGCAUUACGGUUGACAGAAACAGCUAAGAGAACUGACAGUCGUUACACCACCAACACUAAUACUAAUACUAAUGCCAAUGCUGUUAAUGCUAAGGGUUCAGAUAAAUGGUUUGAUCAAACCUCUGAUAGUGAAGGUGAAUAUCGAUCGGAAGUUCCGGUUGAACUAGCCGGUGAUGAUGAAGGCCAGACACUUAAUAAAGUCUUUACCAACAAGGAGACCAACACUUUGGAUCUUCCACCAGAGGGAGGAUACGGUUGGGUGUGUUGUCUUUGUGUCACACUUGUUAUGUUUUCCACUUGGGGUUGUAAUUCGGCGUUUGGUGUGUUUCUAGCAUUUUACUUGAACAAUUCAAGCUUUCCAGGUGCUAGUAAAUAUGACUAUGCAUUAAUUGCAGGUAUGACUGUAUUCUUUGGGCAAGGGUUACCUCCGUUUGUUCUCUUAUUUAUGAGAAUCUUUGGUUUAAAAAUUCCAAUGUAUUUCGGUAUUGUGAUUAUGUGCUUGGGUUUCGUUUUAGCCAGUUAUGCUGUGUCAUUAUGGCAACUAUAUUUGACUCAAGGUUUCCUUAGUGGCGUCGGCAUUUCGUUUAUUUUCGCUCCUGCCACUACCGUUUUGCCUGGGUGGUUUCUUAAAAAAAGAUCAUUUGCAAUGGGUUUAUCAUUGAUUGGAACAGGAGCAGGUGGUGUUGCAUACUCUCUAGCGGUUAAUAAAAUGAUAGAAAAUACCGGUAAUCAGAGAUUUGCAUUAAGAAUCCUUGCUAUCACUUGCAGCAUAACUUGUGUAGUAGCAACCCUUUUGCUACGUCAGAGAGUUCCAAUGAAGGCUACUGGGAUCAGAAAUUGGAAAGCAAUCAAGCAACACUGUAAUGAUAUGUUCUCGAUGCACAUAUUCAAAAAAUGGACAGUUCAAUUAAUUGCAAUGUGGUUCAUGUUUGCAUUAUUUGGAUAUACUUUAAUGAUAUUUACUUUAUCCUCAUACGCUGUUGCUAACGGCUUGACUGCUCAUCAAGGUUCCUCGCUAACGGCAAUCUUGAACGGUGCCCAAAGUGUAGGUAGACCCUUAAUUGGAUACACAGGGGAUAAAAUCGGUAGAACGAAUAUUACUGUUAUGCUAACGUUACUUUUAACAAUUUUCAUGUUCGGUUUUUGGAUCCCUGCUGACAGUUAUUCAUCUUUAAUCGGGUUUUCAAUAUGUGUCGGUCUAUGUAUUGGUGUAGCUAAUGUUAUGAACACCGUGCUAGUUGCUGACAUCGUUGGACCGGUAGAUUUUUUGCCCGCUUGGGGUUAUGUUAACUUGGUGGGCUCUCCAUUCAUGCUUGUUGCUGAAGUUAUUGCACAAGCGUUGACUGAACCCAACUCCAACGACCCAUAUCUCCACACUCAAAUAUUUGCGGGAUGUUGUUUCGUUGCGGCAUUACUCCUUAUAUUGGGAUUGCGGGAGGUGACAGCAAAGAUAAAGAUAAAAGAAAGACAAACGAUAAAUUUGCAACGGUUAAAGGAUUAUGAUGAUUCAAACUUAUCAGAAAAAGACAAUAACAUCUUGAGAGAAAGAGAGAUCAAGUAUGAUUACUUACUUGGAUCAGGCAUCAAAAGCUACUUUGCAAGAAUGUUUUAUCCAAUGCAUGUAUAA